AAUGGGAUCUCAUUUUUAAAGACUUGCUAUUACCAUUAACUCAGUGUUAUUAAACUUUUAAAAAAAUAAUCUGGUGAAAGUUUUAUUUUUUCUCUAGAGAAGGGGCCAUGCCCUCAUAUAUGCAAGCUUUUGCAUAUAAUUUCAGGGUCUGCCUACUCUCUGAAGUCCUUAUCCAGGCUCCUAGUUGCUAAUCUUUGCUCUACUUUUGUUACUCAGUGAUGCAGAAAUAUUACACAUAAUCUUUUACUAAUAGAAGCAGCCUGUGAAUUUAGUAACCUUCACAUAGAUGAGAAUUACUUAGUAACUGAAACAAAGAGAAAACAUGAUACCUUACAUUUCACUUGAUUCCGUGAAUACCUGAAGUGCAAUUUCGGAAAGCGGUGCUCAUUUGACAGCAGCUCUUUUGUUUGGACCUCUUCUGGCACAAUUCUGCGAGAGCAAACAAUAUGGGCUUGUUAAAUUAGUGGGUAUGAUGGUUUUUUUUUUUUUUUCUUCCAUAGAGAUGGCAAACCCGGAGGCAAUGAUAAGUAGCUGUAGUUCUCACGAAGAGGAAAAUCGCUACACUAUUAACCAGACUGUGUGUCCCUCUGAGGAACUUCUAUUAGAAGACCAGAUGAGGAGAAAACUCAAGUUUUUUUUCAUGAAUCCUUGUGAGAAGUUCUGGGCCCGAGGCAGAAAACCAUGGAAACUUGCCAUACAAAUUCUGAAAAUUGCCACAGUGACCAUCCAGCUGGUUCUUUUUGGUCUAAGUAACCAGAUGGUGGUAGCUUUCAAGGAAGAGAACACAAUAGCAUUCAAACAUCUCUUCCUCAAAGGAUACAUGGACCGCAUGGAUGACACAUACGCAGUGUACACACAAAGUGACGUAUAUGAUCAGAUCAUCUUUGCAGUGAACCAGUAUCUGCAGCUACGCAAUGUCUCAGUUGGGAAUCAUGCUUAUGAGAACAAGGGUACCAAGCAGUCUGCCAUGGCAGUCUGUCAGCACUUCUACAAGCGAGGAAUCAUCUGCCCUGGAAAUGACACCUUUGACAUUGAUCCAGAAAUCGAAACAGAAUGUUUCUUUGUGGAGCCAGAUGAGUCUUUUCAUAUUGGAACACCAGAAGAAAAUAAACUCAACUUAACUUUGGACUUUCACAGGCUCCUGACAGUGGAACUUCAGUUUAAACUGAAGGCCAUCAACCUGCAGACGGUUCGUCACCAGGAGCUCCCUGACUGUUACGACUUUACCCUGACCAUAACAUUUGACAACAAGGCUCAUAGUGGAAGAAUUAAAAUAAGUUUAGAUAAUGACAUUUCCAUUAGAGAAUGUAAGGACUGGCACGUAUCUGGAUCAAUUCAGAAGAACACUCAUUACAUGAUGAUCUUUGAUGCCUUCGUCAUUCUGACUUGCUUGGCCUCACUGCUGCUCUGCGUGAGAUCGGUGAUUAGAGGGCUUCGGCUUCAGCAGGAAUUUGUCAAUUUUUACCUCCUCCAUUAUAAGAAGAAAGUUUCUGUUUCUGAUCAAAUGGAAUUUGUCAAUGGAUGGUACAUUAUGAUUAUUAUUAGUGACAUACUGACAGUCAUUGGUUCAAUUCUGAAAAUGGAAAUCCAAGCUAAGAGUCUCACAAGUUACGAUGUCUGCAGCAUACUUCUUGGGACAUCGACCAUGCUGGUGUGGCUUGGAGUCAUCCGAUACCUGGGUUUCUUCGAGAAGUACAAUCUCCUCAUUCUGACCCUUCAGGCAGCGUUGCCCAAUGUCAUCAGGUUCUGCUGCUGUGCUGCUAUGAUUUAUUUAGGCUAUUGCUUCUGUGGGUGGAUUGUGCUGGGACCUUACCACGAUAAGUUCCGUUCCCUGAACAGGGUCUCUGAGUGCCUUUUUUCUUUGAUAAAUGGUGAUGAUAUGUUUGCCACAUUUGCAAAAAUGCAGCAAAAAAGUUACUUGGUCUGGCUAUUCAGCAGGAUUUAUCUCUACACCUUCAUCAGCCUCUUUAUAUAUAUGAUUUUAAGCCUUUUCAUUGCAUUGAUCACUGAUACAUAUGAAACGAUUAAGCACUACCAACAAAAUGGCUUUCCAGAGAGCGAACUUCGUGCAUUUAUAUCAGAAUGCAAAGAUCUACCUAGUUCUGGAAAAUACAGAUUAGAAGAUGACCCUCCAGUGUCUUUAUUCUGCUGUUGUAAAAAGUAGUUAUCAGGUUGGCCUGCGCUCUAGAGGAAUAUGCAAAGUGGAGCUGAGUUGAGGAACCUGUAUGGAGGUUUUAUAAUGACUUCAAAUACUGUUGUUUUAGCUAAUUAGAGCUUUCUGUAACUCACCAAGAACUGUGUUUAUAUUUUGAAAUCAUAUUUUCUGCUUUACAUUGGAUGUAAAAUAGUAACUAACUGUAUUGAGGGAAAAUACUGGAUUAUUAUCCUUUCCUGUCUCUGUCGUUUGUUGGAAUGUGUUCUCUGAGCUCUGCUUUACUCUGGCUGUGUGGAUUUUGUUCUCAGUGAAACAGUCCUGGUCUGACUGUGAUUUUGGAUAAUCUGGUUAUGUUUCAGAAAGAAUGUGGAUAGUUACCAUAUACCCAUUCUAAUUGCAUUUAAAGAUCUUCUCUGAAAGGCCAGAGCAAGAAACAAGGGUCUCCAAGUAAUGGUGUACUAUUUGAUUCUGAAGAACAGCUGCCAUUCAGUCCUGCAUUUACUUCUGUGGGGAUAAAGUACUUUAAUAUUCAUUUCUAAAUGUCUCUGCCCCGUCAGUGUUAAAGUAUGGAUCUGAAAGGUUAUCUCUACAUAAAAGAGAAGGCACAUAGCAAAUGCAUAUCUAAUCAAGCAAUGACUGUCUCAUUAGUGUUUCACCUGCACGUUCAGUCUUAUGGCAAAGCACAAAAACUGUGGUUUUGUGGGGGAGGUCGCAUAACAAGGCAAAUGUUAUUUUUAAAAAUUUUUCAAUUUUGUAGAGAAAAAAACAGUUUCAAAUAAGUUAGAGAGUUAUAAUAAUUAAUACAUUGCAUAUUAUUGUCUUCACAGUAGUGAGAGGACAAGAUACAGGCAGGAUCUGACAAUAUUAGUACAAACCUUUCUUUUCAAUAAAUUAAGAGAAACUAGCUAUAUAGUUAUCUUAACUGUCUUGUGUAUAAAUAUAUUUUUUCCUUUUCUCUUUGUUUUUUUCCCUUUCCCCCAUCACAGUUUGUCUUUUCUUUUAAACAGUUCCUUCCCAGUUCACAAUAGCUAUUGUAUAUUUUGGAUCUUAUUUACUUGUUUAGUUUCUCACACUAGUGAGACAAUAUAGUAUUUAUACAUACGGGGUCUGAUUUAUUCCACUUAUGAGUGUGGUCUCAAAUUGCAUCCAUUUUCCUGUAAGUCUCCAGUUUAUUCUUUUUUAUGGCUGAGAAGUACUCAGUAGUGCUGCUGUGAACAUGAGUGAACACGUAUCACUGUGGUAUGAUGUUUUUAAUUCUUCUGGGAGGAUUCUCAGAAGGGGACUGGCUGGUUGUGUGGGACCGCAAAUCCUACUUUUAAAAGGAAAUUCCACACUGACUUCCACAGUCUGGCUGUACUAGGCUACACUCCUACCAGUAGUGGAGAAGGGUUCAUUUUUCCCACAGCUCUUCUAGCAUUUGUUAUCAGUUGAUUUUUUGGAUGAUAGUUGUUCUUUCUGGGGUGAGAUGGAAUCUCAGUAUUGUUUUAAUUUACAUCUCUCGAAUGACAAAUGAUGUUGAACAUUUUUUCAUGUAUUUAUUUUCCAGCUGUAUUUCUUCAUCUGAGAAGUGUGUAUUCCUCUCUGAUGUCCAUUUUUGGAUUGUAUCUUUAAUUUGGGGUCUGAAUUUUUCAAUUCGUUUUAUAUUCUAGAUAACUGGAUAUAAUUAUCUGAAGGAUAACUGGAUAUAAUUUUUUCCCACUCUGUGGGUUGUCUUUUCACUCUGUUAGUGAUUUAUUUUUGUUGUAAAAAGCCUUUUUAAUAAGGUGAAAUCCCAUUUGUUGAUUCUUUUCUAACAGUCUUGGUUUUGUUCAUGAAGUCUUUGCCUACACCUACGUCUUUGAGAUUUCUACUUAUUUUCUCUUCCAGUAAAUUUAGUGCUUCCAUUUCAAUAUUUAAAUCUUUGAUCCAUUUUGACUUUAGUUUAGUGCAUGGUAAUAGAAAUGAGUCUAGUUUUAGUAUUCAGUAUGUGGAAACCCAAUUUUUCCAGCACCAUUUAUUAAAGAGUCCAUCUUUCUUCCAGUAAACAUGUUUGGUUCCUUUGUCAAAUAUAAGGUGGCUGAGUGUGUUUGGGAUUGCCUCUGCAUCUUCUGUUUUAUUCCACUGAUCCUCAGGCCAGUGUUUUGGGUUUUUUUUUUUUUUUUUUUUUUUUUUUUUUUUUUUUUUUGCCGAUACAAUCUGAUUUUGUCACAGUAGCUUUGUAGUAUAAUUUCAGGUCUGGGAUUGUGGUGCCCCCUGACUGUCUUUGUUGCCUAGAAUUGCCUUUGCUAUCCUAGGUCUCUUCGGGUUCCAAAUGAACUUUAGGAAUGUUUUCUCUAGAUCCGUGAGGUAUGCUAAUGGUAUUUUGAUUGAGAUUACAUCAAAGCUGUAUAGCAGUUUUGGGAGUAUGGCCAUUUUGACUAUGUUGGUUCUUCCUAUCCAAGGGAAAGGAAUAUCUUUCCAUUUUCUGAUACCCAUUUUGAUCUCUUUUUUAAAGGAUACUGUACAGAUCUUUUAUAUCCUGUGUUAGAUUGAUUCCUAAGUAUUUUGAGUUUUUUAAGAUGCUGUUGUAAAGGGUGUGCUUUCCCUAAUUUCUCUUUCUGUGAACUUGUUGCUUGUGUACAAAAAUGGUAUUGAUUUUUGAGUGUUGACUUUAUAUCACCGUACACUACUGAAUUUGGAUAUUAAAUCUACAAGUUUUUUUUGUGGAGUUUUUGGGUUCUUUAUGUAGAGCAUCAUAUCAUUUGCAAAUAAUGAUAAUUUAACUUCUUACUUUCCUGUCUUUAUUCCUUUUAUUUUCUUCUCUUGUCUAAUUGCUCUGGCUAAUGUUUCCAGAACUGUAUUGAAUAAGAGUGGUGAUAAUGAAUAUUCUUGUCUUGUUUCUGAUUUUAAAGUGAAUUCAUCAGGGCCUGGGCUUUUCUUUGUUGAUAAAUUUUAAUUACCUUUUCAACUUCAUUGUCUGAUAUCAAGCUAUGUAGAAUUUUUAUAUCUUUUAGUUUUUUGGAAACUCAGCUGUGUCUAAGAAUCUGUCCAUUUCUUCUAUUUUCUGUCUGAUUAGAAUAUAGGUUUUCAUAGUAGUUAUUGAUGAUCGCCUGGAUUUCUGUGGGCUCUGUUGUCAUUUUCCCCUUUUAAUUCCUAAUCGCUUGAAUUUGUGUUUUUUCUUUUCUCAUUUUGAUGAGGUUGGCUAAUGGUUUAUCAAUUUUAUUUAUUCUUUCAAAGAACCAAUUUUUCAAUUCAUUGAUUCCUUGUAUUGUUUUAUUAGUCACUAUUGCAUUAAUUUCUGCUCUUUAUAAUUUCCUCCCUCAAAUAAGCUCUGGGUUUGAUUUUGACUUGUUUUUCUAGAGGCUUGAGGUUCAACAUUAGGUUAUUUCAGUUUUUUCUGUUUUCUCAAUGUGUGAAUUCAUUGCUAUAAAUUUUCCUGGUAGUUCUACUUUCAUUGUAUCCCAUAAUUUUUGGUAUGUUGUACAGGCAUUAUUUAAUUGUAUAUACUGUUUAAUUUCAUCUUUAAUUUCUUCAUUGACUUGUUCAAAGGGUAUUGUUUAGUUUCCACAUUUUAAUGUAGUUUUUGUGAUUUACUUUAUUGUUGAUUUCCAGUUUCAUUACACUGUGGACAGAUAGUAGGCAUAAGAUGAUUUCAGUUCCUCUCACUUACUUACCCAUGUUUAGUCAGGUAAUAUAUGGUUUAUUUUGGAGAAUGUUCCAUGUGCUGAGAAGAAUGUAUAUUUCUGAUAUUUUGGAAUGGAACACUCUGUAGACAUCUACCAAGUCCCUUUGUUCACAGGCUUGGUUUAAUUCUAAUAAUUCUAAUUCUAAUUCUAAUUCUUUCUUUCCUUGUCUAGUUGCUGUAGCUAUUUGUGAGGGUAGGGUGUUAAGGUUCCCCACUACAACUGUGUUAGUGCUUGUUUGGUUUUUUAGAUCUGUUAGUAUUUGUUUUAUGUAGUUGGGUGAACCUGUUUUUGGUGCAUAAAUAUUUAUGAUUGUUAUUUUUUCUUGGAGUGUUCACUGAAUAAAUAUGUAGUGACCUUCUUUGUCUCUUUUGGCUUAAAGUUUACGUUGUCUGCAAAUAGAAUUGUUACCACUGCUUUUUUUCUGAGUUCAUGUGGCAAGGAAAAUUGUUUUUCCACUCUUUGACUUUUAGUCUGUGAAUUUAUUUUUUUUUAAAAUGUGUUUCUUGAAUGCAGUCUAUUGUUGGAUCUUGUUUCUUGAUCUACUCUGCCAUUCUAUUUCUUUUGUUUGGUGAGUUGAGACCAAUCAAAAUACAGAUAAUCCACAUUGGUGGCUAUAACUAAUAUGUGUUGGCUUUUCUUCUUCAUGUUGUUUUCCUGUUUUUUGUUCUCUGCUUUUCUCUUGUUUGUUUGUCCUGAUUGGUGGCUUCUUUCUAUUUGUGGUCAUGUGUUUGUGGUCUUCUUUAUCUCUUUCUAAUUUGUCCUUCAGAGCAUUUUGUAGAGCUGGUUUGGUGGUCAUAAAUUUCUUCAGUUGUUCUUUAUCAUGGAAGUACCUUGUUUCUCCAUCAAUGUGCAAGUUAGUUUUGUGGGGCAUAUCAAUCUUGGUUGAAGAUUGUUUUCCUUCAGGGCUUGAAAUACUUCACUCCAAGGUCGCCUUGAGUUGAGGGUUUGUGUUGAGAAGUGUGAUGUUAUUCUGAUGGACUUUCCUUUAUAGGUUAUAUGUUUCUUUUCUCUAGCUGUUUCUUAAAUAUUUUAUUCUUAUGCUGAAUUUCUGGAAUCUUGAUUGUGCAUCUACACCUUGCCUUGGUGUAGUGCAAAAGGUAGUUUGGACAAUUAUGUUCAAAAUUAAAGAUCAAUGAGAAAAGUGUCCUUCUUGUAAUCCACUGAUUGUAAAUUACAGCAGUUUUACAAUGUAUUUGUUUUGGUAUUGUUUAUUCAAAUGGAACGUAAUUUAAUGAUAUCAAUAAAAUUUUUCUCAAAGCAAA